GAGAUAGUAUAAGAGCGAGGGAGCAGCAGCGGCCCCGCCACUCACAUCUCCUCAGAUCGCUCCGCAGGGGGAGCUCCGGCUCAGCUUCACCCCGGCACUUGCAGAUUGGUUCCUCGGGAAGCUACUAUGGGAUUAUCACAUUCUCACUCUGUGGAGACCAGGGAACUAGUGGAAAAGACUGGCUUCUCUGCAGAACAGAUUGAACAUUUGCACAAGAGAUUCAAGAGUUUAAGUGGAGACGAGCCAACCAUCAGGAGGGGGCACUUAAAUGAUAUUUCAGAUUUGGUCCUGAAUCCUAUCCGAUCAAAAAUAAUAGAUGCCUUUUUUGACAAACGGAACUUACGGAAAGGACCGAGUGGAUAUGUAGAAGAAAUUAACUUUGAGGAGUUUCUGAUUAUAAUGUCCUAUUUUCGCCCCCUGAGUCAGCAUAUGGAUGAAGAAAACAUAAGUGUGUGUCGGACAGACAAGCUGAGAUUUCUCUUCAACAUGUACGAUUCAGACAAUGACAACAAGAUUACCCUGGAGGAAUACAGAAAAGUGGUAGAAGAACUCUUAUCUGGAAAUCCUAACAUUGAAAAGGAAAUGGCAAGAUCCAUUGCAGAUGGAGCAAUGCUGGAAGCUGCCAGCAUUUGUGUUGGGCAAAUGGAACCUGACCAGGUAUAUGAGGGAAUUACAUUCGACGACUUCCUCAAGAUCUGGGAGGGGAUCGAUAUUGAGACUAAAAUGCACAUCCGAUUCCUGAACAUGGAGAGCAUUCCAUCCUGCCGCUGAUUUCUCAGUUUCUGACCCACAGAUCUUAGGACAAAUAGUCUGUUUGGAGAUCACAAGAGAUGGAAAAGCGGUUAGUUGCCUUAUUUCGGGGGGAGUCCAUGUUGGUUAUGAUACACAAGUGACCAAUCCCGUGCUGUAAUGGGCAGCAGAAAAGGAAAUGGCAGUAUAUGACAAUUAUGUGACACUACACUCUAUGCAAAUUUGUAUGUAUAUCUCGUUUCUUUGGAGUAUUUAAAUCUAUGAUAAGGCUAUAUUAGCUGUAUGUAAAAAUACUGAUAUUAACAGAGCUGUAAUAAAACGUUUGCGGUUAUGUGUUUAGCUCUGUGCGUUAAUAAUAAAAAGCUGCUGCUCUAACAA